UCAUCCCUACCCACUCUCCCUUUCUCUCUUCCUCGCCGUUUCAGAGUCUUCUCUCGCAGCCGCGCAGCAAUGGCACCAAAAGCGAGGGUUCCCCAGAAGACCCGAAACCCAGAUCUGAUCCGCGGCUUGGGUAAGUACUCAAGGUCCAAGAUGUACCACAAGCGCGGCCUUUGGGCCAUCAAGGCCAAAAAUGGCGGUGUCUUCCCCCGUCACGACGCCAAGCCGGCCGCCGAGGCUCCGUCGGUGAAGGCCCCUAAGUUUUAUCCUGCUGAGGAUGUCAAGAAGCCUCUGGUCAACAAGCAUAAGCCCAAGCCGACCAAGCUCAGGGCGAGUAUUACACCUGGGACUGUGUUGAUUGUUCUGGCUGGAAGGUUUAAGGGGAAGAGAGUUGUUUUCCUUAAGCAGCUUCCAUCUGGGCUGCUUCUUGUCACUGGGCCAUUCAAGAUUAAUGGUGUUCCAUUGAGACGUGUGAAUCAGUCCUAUGUGAUUGGCACUUCCACCAAGGUUGAUAUAUCUGGGGUUAAUGUGGAAAAGUUUGAUGACAAGUACUUUGGAAAGGCCGUGGAAAAGAAGAAGAAGAAGAAAGGAGAGGGAGAGUUCUUUGAGGCAGAUAAGGAGGACAAGAAAGAAUUCCCACAAGAAAAGAAAGAUGAUCAGAAGACUGUGGAUGUUCCUUUGAUAAAGUCCAUUGAGGCUGUCCCAGACUUGAAGACAUACUUAUCUGCAAGAUUCUCCCUUAGAUCUGGCAUGAAGCCUCAUGAGCUUGUAUUUUAGACAGUCGUCACUUUCUUACUUAGGACACUUGCUCCCGUACCCGUACUCGUUUGUUUUUUUACUAUGAUUGUAUGCUCUGCUCACAUUCAGAUCUGAUUUUUUGUACUGAUCGGCAUUGCCUUGCAAGGGAUGUUAUAAUUUUGAUUUUC